AGAAGGCUAAAAGCAGAAAUUCAAGGAAGCAAGAAAAAGCAGAGCAAGACGCAAUUUCUACAGAGUGAAGGGAAAGAGGAACGAUGUUCUCCUACGAAAACCUUAGACAAAAUAGGGAAUCCGGCAGCCAUGAAAGCCGUCGAAAACCAAUGUGGAGCAUAAUCGCCUUGAUAGCGAUACUACUAAACGAAGCCGUUCAGAACGCUGCAUGCACCUUCUUGUUAAAUAACCUGGUGAUCUAUAUGAUUACGAAUUAUCAUAUGACUCCUGAAAGAGCCGCAGACAUUGUAGUCUUUUGGAAUUGUCUUACUGGUUUCUCGGCUAUUCUGUGGGCCCUCAUCGCAGAUUCUCGUAUUGGCCGUUUUCCCACUGUCAGCAUUGCUUCACUGUGCAGUCUCUUGGGGAUGUUUUGUUUAUGGAUUACAGCGGUGAUCCCAAAACCAGAAUGGGUUCAUUGCAAUCCUUUCAAUCAAAGCUGCAGAUCCCCAACUGCUGCAGAAUCGACGCUUCAAGUCAUUCAAUUGAGUCUUGUAUCCGUUUCCCUUGCUUUGAUUUCGAUUGGUGUUGGUGUGAGGUGCUCCGUCGCGCUCGGAGCAGAUCAGAUAGAAACGAUAAGAAAUUCAGCACCUCAGAGGAUGAGGAUCGUAGAAAGAUACUUCAUGUUCUAUUUUGCGGCAUCCUUCCUCACCAUUGUAGUUUCUUUCACGGUGAUGUCAGAGAUGUUGGAUCAAUACGGAUGGAGAGUGGGCUUUGGAGUCCCGACCGUUGUUGUUUUCAUCUUCGUUGUUAUAUUUUUUGCUUGCUCUCCUCUCUACUUCAAGGAGGAGCCAAAGGAAGGGUUAUUUACUCGCGUUGCCCAAGUGGUCGCCGCUGCUUUCAUGAACAGAAAGCUCACAUUUCCUGAUCCAGAGGCAAGCGGAUGUUACCUAUCCGGGAACGACUCAAAUAUCAACGUGCCAUCUGACAACAUACGAUUUUUGAACAAGGCCUGCUUAAUAACAAAUUCCGCAGAGCAAGUAGCCCCUGAUGGCUCAGCUGCCAACCCUUGGAGGCUUUGCACGGUACAGCAGGUGGAAGAGCUGAAAGCGCUCCUACGGGUCCUACCAAUAUGGACCACAGGGAUCAUGAUGUGGGUGAAUGCGAGCGAACUCCCAUCCAAGUUGCUACAGGCUGGUUCGAUGGAAAGGCCCAAUCCCCAAAAACUUAAAAUAUUACGAGCGGUAUUUCCGAUAAUUGGCGUUAGCACAAUGUUGAUAUGGGGCAUUUUGUAUGACCGUGUUAUUCUCCCUUUGGCGUCGAAGAUCAAGGGUAAACCAGUGCGGCUCUGUGUGGAAGUAAGAAUGGGAAUAGGCCUCACACUUUCGUGCUUGGCAAUGACAGUUUCUGCCAUUCUUGAGAGCGUCAGGCAACAGAAAGUUAUGCAAAAUCAGAAUUUGUCUAUAAUGUGGCUCUGGCCGCAGUAUUGCCUACAUGGAUUAGCGCAAGGGUUCACUGCCGCAGGGCAAACGGAGUUCUUUUAUUCUGAACUCCCCAACACGAUGACAAGUAUCGCUGUUACGUUGCUGGUGCAAGGAAUAACGGUGGCUAAUUGGCUGUCUGGUGUUUUACUAACAGUCGCGUCCGACCUAGCCACGAAACGGGGGAAAGCGAUGACGUCGAAUGACAUGAGCCAAACUCCUUUGCGCUAUUUAUUUUGGUUUUUAGCUGCAGCAAGUUUCAUAAAUAUAUUUCAUUACCUGAUUACCAUCAGGAAGUAUGGUCCUCUUAAAAAAUCAGAGGAAAACGGAGCUGAGUUGGCUGCAAUGUAGAGGUCGGCGCAUGUUGCAUAAAUGAAAUGUAAUUUGUUACGUAUUUUAUCAAACAUAUUUUAUUGGAUAUUUUAUUGGCUUUUUUGUAACUCCAUUUUUUAGAUUCCAUGGCUCUCGAUCUUGAGACUCGCGUCUCUGAUUACAUGUUUUUUCUCUAGCCUAGCUCCCUGAAAGAUGAACAUCUCAAAGCUUACUGCUGAUUGAGUGAUGUCAAACUAAUUAAAACCGCCCCCUGUUUCCCAAUGCAAUAAGCUGCCGAUUUUUCU